GACGUACAAAUGAGGUUAAAACUUAUUAGAAUAGAGUGCUGUCACAUAUUUGAGUAAUUAUUAGUGUAGUCGAGUACAUUGUUUUGGCGUAGAGAAGUAAAUCCAACGGUAGGCCUACUGACGAAUUACCUCAUUCCAUGUAACUUUAUUUUUUAAUAAAAAGUCGUUCGGACAGGUUGCCCUCCGAUUUCGCCCGCUAUUGUACUGUGUAUACAAUGUCACAAAAAUAAUUGCUCGUGGUUUUCUGUGGCUGCAGUCGGUAUGGAACAGCUCUUAUUUUCGACUGUUUAUUAUUAUUGACACUGGUCGUAGAAAUUCCGUAACAGGAAAAUGGCGAUAUGAUUGGUGUAGCGAGGGAUUUUGAGCAAGAACCUAGCCUUCAUCGAGAAAUAAUUGGGAACGACAUAAGGGAGGGUUGCUGAGAUGUCAAUUGAAAAUCCCAAUAUUGAGUUUCCAUGGCAGUUUCACUUCCCACCAUUCUUCACGUUGCAACCACAUGCAGAGACAAGAGCAAAGCAGAUAGCAGCAUGGAGGUCACUUGUACUCGAAUGGUACGGAGCGAUGCGGCAAAGUAAAGUAGACGUGCGUGAAGCAGGGCGGGGUCCACCAUUUGCCAAUGCCACCAUCAACCGACGGUUUCCCGAAGAGGGCAUAACAGCUGUAAUGGAAGAACUGGCUCGCACUGGUCAUGCGGAACGUCUCGACAAGCAGGGCUAUACCUGGGCUGUGCAUUGUGGCCGCACUAUAGAUGAGUGGGCAGACUGCCUUCUGUCUUGGGCACGUGAUAACGGCAUGAGUGGUACAGUAUGUACAUUAUACGAACUAACACAUGGAGAUGAUACUGUCAGUUGUGAUUUCCAUGGUUUGGAUGAAGACACACUGGUCCGCUCAGUUCUUCGCCUGCAGCAACGUGGUAAUGCUGAAUUUAUGGAUUUUGAUGAUAACAGAGGAGUGAAAUUUUUCUGAUUCAUUUUUUUUAGGGAGAUAUUUUCUGAUUAAGCAAGGUUUUAUUAUUUUUGCAGAUUUUAAUUUCUAAUUUUGAAAGAAAGUUUGUUUCACAAACAAUGUUAAUAGAUUUCUGUAACAGAUGAGCUUUAAUGUGGCGAUGAUUGCUUUAUGCGGAACAAGGCAAUGUAUUGUUCUCUAUUUUCCUAUAUUUGCAGGACUAUUGAAGGUUUUGUGCUUUAUGAAAAAGUUACCAGUAUGUUGUGCCUUUUUGCCGAGCCUCUGUAAAUAAAGUGAAAUAUAUGAAUGUACGAGCAUCAUCUGUGUAACUUUUCUGGUUGUUGUGCUUGAAACUGGUAUUUAUGUUUCUAGCCAUUGUGAACAUUACAUAUCUUAACAAUAACAUUGGUAUGUGUAGCAUUUUAGUAUUCGUUAAAGUCAGUACCAGUUGUCUUGUUGAGCUUCUUUGUUUGAGAAUGAGUAAUUAAUUGUUUACUCAACACUGGAACCAUAUGUGACUUGGAGAAUGUCUGUUAGAAUAAACUAUGUCACUGAA